AUGGUAAGGGUCUGGAUUUUAUUGAUGUUCUUAGCACCACCCGAGAAUUUAAGGUGGAAAGUGAAUAUCUGGUACACAUUUCAGAAAGUCUGUGAUUCAGGAGGGGCAGGAGUGGUGGAAGAGGAGGAGGAGGAGGAAGCUUGGGCCAGCCCGCCGCCUUCCGCAGUGGCCGAGCAGUCGGACCAGACCAUCAAGUACUACACCCUGGAAGAGAUCCAGAAGCACAACCACAGCAAGAGCACCUGGUUGAUCUUGCACCACAAGGUGUACGAUUUGACCAAGUUUUUGGAGGAGCAUCCUGGUGGGGAAGAAGUAUUAAGGGAACAAGCUGGAGGGGAUGCUACUGAAAAUUUCGAGGACGUGGGGCACUCUACAGAUGCCAGAGAAUUGUCCAAAACAUUCAUCAUUGGGGAACUUCAUCCGGAUGACAGAGCGAAGAUAAACAAGCCUUCGAAACUCAUUACUACUGUUGAUUCUAAUUCCAGCUGGUGGACCAACUGGGUGAUCCCAGCCAUCUCAGCACUGGUGGUAGCCCUGAUGUCUCACUUCUACACAGCGGAAGAUUAAACACGUUCUCAGAAGCCAAUGAAAGAAAAGACUGCUUUGGGCCGGAGAGAAAGAAGCCAAUGUUAACUGCUUCAACUGACAGAAACUUUCACCCAAAACAUAAUUUUAAUACACCAGUUUCCCUUUCUCCUAUUUUGAAUCAAACCAAAAGAGAACUCUUCUGUUCUUUCUACUCCUGAACUCUUAGAAUGUGCCUUUUGUUCAUCAACUUUUUCUGAUGUUCCAUCACUACAUAAUUUACUUAUUAUAGACGUG